AUGCGUGUUCAGAGUCAGGACGGCCACAGAUUUGUUCUGGUACAGAACCUGGGAUCAAGAUGGCCAUGGUACACAAGAGAGGCAAGAAAUCCUCAUGAUAACACGGAGGGGCAGUGCAACGAAACUGAUUACACCUGGUAUUUGCUGUCUAUGCUGGUCAGUGUCACGAUCUCCUUCGUGAUUCUUCUGGUCCAACAUUGCAGGCUCUUCCGCUCGCACAAGUGUGGUUCCCCAAACCCCGUGCUUUACCAGCCACCUCUCCUGAACGCGGCCUCGACGGACCACGGCAACCCAGCCACGAUGACCCCUGCUGCUCCGAGGGCACCCAACCUCCGGGUCGGGCACUUAGUCUCCGCCUCGAAUACUUCUCGCUUUCCUCCCCACUCUCCGCGUCCUUCUCCUCACUCUCCUCUUUCUCCGACCCACUCUUCCCUUUCCCUUCCUCACCCUAGCUCCCAGGAGGAAGUCUAUUACGAGAUGACACCUUUGGUAGCGGCCGCACCUCCUCCGCAGUCCUUUGAUUUGGAACCGACUAACUGUGUGGAAACCAUCAAUGAUGUUUACAUGAGCGCCGACUACUCACACUAACCUUCCCCUGUGUUAGCCAUUCUGUUGUCUUGUUCCACCUUUGCAUCGGGUUAUCCCUUAUGAUUUCAUUUCAUUUCUGCUUCUCUGAUAAUUGCCACUGGCUUCUCGGCGGCUUCCUCGACUCAUUUGACUUAUUCAAGUUAUUGCUGUUAUGAUCCCUCUUGCUUUCAUCCUGUUUUCUUUUAUCAUCUAUUCUGCGUACUUAUAUCUAGUACUAUCCAGUAUCAUUGUAUUUUUCGCUAACCGUUUUCUCUUUCUCUUCUGUCCCUUUUACUUCUGUUUAUCAAAAUUUCCUUAUUUUCCAUCAAGGUAGUUUAUGGCUUAAAAGAAAACCGAGGAAUG